CCCUAAAAUGCAGAGAUGCAGAAGAGCAAACUGCUAGGCCUACAGCAUGAUUCCAGUGAGGCAGAGAUAUUGUGGAGAGAUUGCCAGAUUGCUCUGCACUGCAUCUUUUGUGAAGCCUACUAUUCCGCCUGAAACAAAACAUGAAAAAUAGACUAACUGGCUUCUCUUACAUUUCAGGAGAGAACCUCGUACUACUCUCAGGUUAAUGCUCAUAUACCAAGACAUACUCCACCAGCCUUCCCUAACCUGGUACCAUCCAGAUGUUUGGAACUAUAACUCCUGUCAGUUCCAGCCAGCUGGGGGCACCACCCUAGGAAAGGCUGUACUAGACUUAAGAGCUAUGUCAUAUGACGAUGGCCCCCUUUAGAGAGUUAGGCUUUCAAACACAGAGGGGCUGUUUUUUCACAGUCUGCUUUUGUAUAUUGCAGUUUGUGGUUGUGAUAAAAACCUCUGUGUGAUAGCAGAUACUAUGUGCAAGUGGACAUGUUUUUCAAAUCCAUGCACAACUGUGUUAUUUACUCCCCUCCUCUCAAUUACUUAAUAGUAGCAGUAGUGGUAGUAGUAGUAGUAGUAAUUUGUGCACUUUUUCGAAAGAGAGGGGCUGGGAACUGAUGGGUUGAUAUACUGAUAUAAGGAGGUAUACAGGUACCGUAUAUUCCGGCGUAUAAGACGAUCCCCAACUUUUCCAGUUAAAAUAUAGAGUUUGGGAUAUACUCGCCGUAUAAGAAAUACAACCCGGCAUGUAAGACGACCCCCCGACUUUUGAGAAGAUUUUCCUGGGUUAAAAAGUAGUCUUAUAUGCAGGAAUAUACUGUAUAUUGGUAUACAGAGGCACCUAAACUUCCUAUUUUGCCUAUGGUAUUUCAUUCAUAGACAAGUUAAACAUGUUGAAGGGGAGUGCAUAGCUGUCAAGUUCUCCCUUUUUGUAAGGGAAAUUCCCUUAUGCUGAAUAGGCUUCCUCGCGAGCAAAAGGAAAACCUGACAUCUAUGGGAGUCACCCAAUAGGUGGGGCUGGAGAAAGUACCCUCUGUGUACACAUAUAGGCAGCUUGAGAAGAGCAGUCUUGGUACAAAAUGGAUUAUAACUGUCCUAUCAGAAUGUGCUUUUGAUCGAUCAAGUAGCGUGGAAUGAGGAUGACUUGGGGAUUAUGUUGUGUGUGCACAAGAAGACACCUGAACUCAGCACUCAGCACUUAUUAGCAUGCAGUGUGUACAUGCCACUACAAAGGAAUAUGCAAGGGAAAUCCCCUGUGUCUGAAUUCUAGUAGAAAUGCCACAUACUGUACUGUACUUCAGUCUGUAGAUCCCAUGUCAAUCUGUAUUCAGAUAUCUGAUUAUCUUAAUGAUUUAGGUAAUUGAGAUUGCAUUAAAAUAAAUAAUUGCCACAUACCUUAACUGAGUAAUCAAUUCUCAACAAACUGGAUUAGUAAGAAUGUGCCCGUGCUAGUCUCUGAGAACCACACCCUCCAUUCUUGCCAGAAACCCUACAAUGUUAUGUGCUGUAGGGGAAAGAAUGCUGCUAGUAGGAGAGGCUUUGCAGAGCAUAUGGACCCUUCUCCCAGUUUCCCCUCCUCCAGGAACUCAGUGUGCUGCAUAUUGAAUGCAAAAAAAAAAAAAAACCAGCAGGCCUAACUCCAGAAAUGGGGGUUCUCCAGAAUGAGCCUUUAAGGGCACCUCUGAGUACUGCUCCUGCAUGGGACAAAUUCUGCUUCAUUCUCCCUUAGAAGGCCUUGCCUGUUCUCUUUCCACUCAUUGCCCAGCUCUUUGCAUCUUAGAAAUCAUGGAACCCUGACCAUCACUCCUCUCCAAGCUGAACCACCGAAAGGGAAAGGAGGCGAGAUAGGUGAGGCCAUCUGAGGCAGCUUGGGGCUGCAACAGACCCUUACCUGUCUAGACCACUCUCAAACUUGGGUCUCCAGCUGUUGUUGGACUACAGACUCAGCUAGACUGGCAGCCAACGAGCCGUCUUUCGGCAGGCCAUGCGCCACUGGGAGAAGCACACCUGUGUCACCUUCUUGGAACGGAAUGAUGAAGACAGCUACAUUGUGUUUACCUAUAGACCUUGUGGGUGCUGUUCCUAUGUGGGGCGCAGAGGAGGAGGACCACAGGCCAUCUCCAUUGGGAAAAACUGUGACAAGUUUGGCAUUGUGGUGCAUGAGCUGGGCCAUGUCAUUGGUUUCUGGCAUGAGCACACACGCCCAGACAGAGAUGAGCACGUGUCCAUUAUCCGUGAAAACAUCCAGCCAGGGCAGGAGUAUAACUUCUUGAAGAUGGAGUAUGAAGAGGUGGAGUCUUUGGGAGAGACGUACGAUUUUGACAGCAUAAUGCACUAUGCCAGGAACACCUUCUCCAAGGGGAUCUUCCUAGACACCAUCCACCCCAAAUAUGAGGUGAAUGGGGUGCAGCCCGUCAUUGGCCAACGGACCCGGCUGAGCAAGGGAGAUAUUGCCCAGGCACGCAAGCUCUAUAAAUGCCCCGCUUGUGGAGCAACCCUGCAGGACAGUCAAGGGAACUUCUCCUCCCCCGAGUUUCCCAAUGGGUACUCUGCACACAUGCACUGCAUCUGGAGGAUAUCCGUCACCCCAGGGGAGAAGAUCAUUCUGAACUUCACAUCCAUGGAUGUGUACCGAAGUCGGCUGUGCUGGUAUGACUACGUGGAGGUGAGAGACGGAUUCUGGAGGAAGGCAAGCCUGCGAGGUAGGUUUUGUGGGAAUAAACUACCAGAGCCCAUCUACUCUACGGACAGCCGCCUCUGGAUAGAAUUCAGCAGUAGCAGCAACUGGGUGGGAAAAGGAUUCUUUGCUGUAUAUGAAGCCAUCUGUGGGGGAGAGGUGAAGAAAGACAAUGGGCACAUCCAGUCUCCCAACUAUCCUGAUGACUACCGGCCCAAUAAGUUGUGUGUUUGGAAGAUUACUGUCUCUGAAGGAUACCACGUGGGGCUUUCUUUCCUGUCAUUUGAGAUUGAGCGCCAUGAUAGCUGUGCUUACGACUACCUGGAGAUCCGGGAUGGUAACACAGAGACAGGCAAUCUGAUAGGGAGGUACUGCGGUUACGAUAAGCCCGAUGACAUUAAGAGCACCUCCAACAAGUUGUGGAUGAAGUUUGUGUCCGAUGGGUCCAUCAACAAGGCUGGCUUUGCUGUCAAUUUCUUCAAAGAAGUGGACGAGUGCUCCAGGCCCAACAAUGGAGGCUGUGAGCAGCGCUGCGUCAACACUCUGGGAAGCUACAAGUGCGCCUGUGACCCUGGCUAUGAGUUGGCCUCCGACAAGCGCAGGUGUGAGGCUGCCUGUGGCGGAUUCCUCACCAAACUGAAUGGCUCCAUCACAAGCCCUGGAUGGCCAAAGGAAUACCCGCCCAACAAGAACUGCAUCUGGCAGCUGGUGGCACCCACCCAAUACCGUAUAUCCUUGCAGUUUGACUUCUUUGAGACAGAGGGCAAUGAUGUCUGCAAGUAUGACUUUGUAGAAGUGCGCAGCGGCCUCACCUCUGAGGCCAAACUACACGGCAAGUUUUGUGGGGCGGAAAAGCCUGAUGUGAUCACCUCCCAGUACAACAACAUGCGCAUUGAGUUCAAGUCUGACAACACUGUCUCCAAGAAGGGUUUCAAAGCUCAUUUCUUCUCAGACAAAGAUGAAUGCUCGAAGGAUAAUGGUGGAUGCCAGCAUGAGUGCCUGAACACUUUUGGCAGCUACGAGUGCCAGUGCCGCAGUGGCUUUGUGCUGCACGACAACAAGCAUGACUGCAAAGAAGCUGGCUGUGAUCACAAGAUGACUUCCAUCACCGCAACCAUCACCAGCCCAAACUGGCCUGAUAAAUACCCAAGCAAGAAGGAAUGCAGCUGGGCAAUAACAACUACGCCAGGACACCAUGUCAAACUGACCAUCAGGGAGCUGGAUAUCGAAGGCCACCAAGAAUGCACUUAUGAUCACCUGGAGGUUUACAAUGGGAAAGACGCCAAAGCUCCUGUCCUGGGCCGGUUUUGUGGGUCUAAACAACCAGAGCCCAUUAUCUCUUCUAGCAACAGGAUGUUCCUCAGGUUCUUUUCAGAUAACUCCGUCCAGAGAAAAGGCUUUGAGGCAACCUACACAUCAGAAUGUGGAGGCCAGAUGCGAGCUGAAGUAAAAACCAAGGAUCUCUAUUCGCAUGCCCAGUUUGGAGACAACAACUACCCUGGAGGCUCGGAGUGCGAAUGGGUGAUUGUGGCUGAGGAAGGCUAUGGGGUUGAGCUCAUCUUCCAGACAUUUGAGAUUGAGGAAGAGGCAGACUGUGGCUAUGACUACAUGGAGCUGUUUGAUGGCUAUGACGGGACGGCCCCUCGUUUGGGACGCUACUGCGGCUCUGGGCCUCCAGAAGAGGUCUAUUCUGCUGGUGAUUCCGUGAUGGUGAGAUUCCACUCAGAUGACACCAUCAACAAGAAGGGCUUCCACCUGCGCUACACCAGUACCAAGUUCCAGGACACGCUGCACACACGGAAGUGAUCUCUGGCCGCCCAACACCCUCCAAAGGAGAGCAAGCCUUCCAGGACUGGAGGGGCAGGUCUCCACUGUCUGCAGAAAAAGGAAAAAAAGACACUCUGGAGAAAAUUCAAAUAGACUGGAAGGAGAAAAACACAAUACACCUCAGAGUGUGAAACACUCAAGCAAAAGCAAAGGUGCUGCCAGCUGCUUCUACAGACUUGUCUCGGGGGAGUCCUUUCCUUUAAAAAACAAAUGUCAAUUUCUGUGCCUCUUUGUUUCUUGAGCAGAGUGUCUCCAGGACUAACCACUUCACAGCUUCCAUUUACAGUUUGAUUCUUGGUCUGCAGGGCUCUCCCCUGGUCCUGGAGGUUAUGAUUUAAAUGCUGGGAAAUCCAACGUAUGGCAGACAUUUUCCUUUAUAAACUCCAUAAAGCAGGUUGACCAGCAAAGUGUCCGACCCAAAUGCAGUGGAGAGACUGCCAGGCUCUUAUCUGUUGUAAUGAUGUAAUAAACACUCUUUCUUGUACUUCUCAAGAGAUGCACAACAGCCUCUUUAAACAUGUACUCUUUGAGAUUUUUAAAAAAUUCUUCCAUUACCAAGAAAAAUAUAA